AACCCAAGACGGAAUCAUUCCGUGCAUAGAUCUUUGAGCGAACAGUCGCCCAAAAAUAGUAAAAAUAAAUCUAACAACAAAAUAAGUUGCGUAUUAUUAAAUUGUUCAGAUAAGACACUGAAUUCGAGGCUGCCACUCUGGGCGCAUAGUUUAUGAGGAUGGGCACGCUGUCGCUUGAUGAUUUCAAAGAUGUGAGAAUUCCGGUGCCGUGGGGUCAUAUAUCGGGUCGCUGGUAUGGCAAUCAAAAGGAGCGUCCCAUUCUGGCCAUUCACGGAUGGCUGGACAAUCUGGGCACCUUUGACCGACUGAUACCGCUGCUGCCCGACCAUGUGGGUGUGCUGUGCAUCGAUCUGCCUGGCCAUGGCAGGUCGUCGCACCUGCAGCCGGGCGUGCACUACAGCGUCGAUGAUUACGUGUACAUCAUACCGCGAGUAAUGAGGGAAUAUGGCUGGCCAAAGGUCUCCCUUUUGGGGCACUCCAUGGGCGCCAUUCUGAUGUUUGUGUAUGCGGCCCUUGCGCCGCACACUGUGGACCUGGUCAUAUCGCUGGACAUUUUGAUAUCCGAAAGCAGGCAGCCGGACGGCAACAAUCUGCGGCUGUCGGCCCGCAAUAUGGAGAAGCAUUUGGGGGAGGACGAGCGACUGCUGGAGGGCAUCAGCUGCGAGCCGCCCGCCUACACGCUGGAUACGUUGUGCCGUGCCCUGAACAAGGGCACCUUCCAAUCGGUGCGCUACGAGGUGGCCCAUCACAUGCUGCACCGCCAGGUGACCAGGUCGCAGCUGUAUCCGUCAAAAUAUUACUUUUCACGGGAUGGACGGAUAAAGUUCCUAAAUCACGCCUACCUCGAUGUGGGUUUGUUUGCGGAGAUGGCGCGUCGCAUCGCAACGAAUCCCUACCUCAUCAUCAAGGGCUCCGAGUCGCCGUUUCUGGGGCCCAGCGAGGCCUUCUCCAUUCUCAGUACAAAUAACCCAAACUUUGAGUUCUACGAGGUGCAGGGCACCCAUCAUGUGCAUCUCAACGAGCCCGAGAAGUGUGCCCAGUAUAUUGUGCCCUUUCUCCAUCGCCAUAGGCCACCAACGCCGCGCAAUGGCUCGUCCCUGGAGCCAAAAGAACAUUCAAAGAGCAAACUGUGAAUUAGCUUUAAAAAUUCCAACCAUAAAUGUACGUACUUAUGCUACGCUA